GCUCCAGUCACGCAUAGAAGAUGCCGUCUUUGCUUCAUUCACUCAAAGACUCACCAGGACGCCUAUGGCCACCGCUAUCGGCCGCAAUUUAUCCGGUAUAUCGUCCCCGAUUUCCCCGUUUCGUCUCGAGUUCUUUGCUCUCUCUUUGAACCAGGUUUUUGAGAAUUUAUGAGCCAUGGGUGAUGCAGUUGAUUUGACUGGGGAUGGAGGUGUCAUCAAGACAAUCAUAAGGCAGGCAAAGCCUGGUGCACUUGGUCCUUCAGAGGAUCUUCCUCUUGUUGAUGUUCAUUAUGAGGGCACUCUUGCUGAAAGCGGCCAAGUUUUUGAUACAACACGUGAGGAUAAUACUGUAUUCUCAUUUGAGAUUGGAAAGGGCUCUGUAAUUCAAUCUUGGGACAUUGCUCUCAGAACCAUGAAGGUUGGGGAGGUUGCAAAAAUUACUUGCAAGCCAGAAUAUGCCUAUGGAAGUGCUGGGUCCCCACCAGAUAUCCCCUCUGACGCAACCCUUAUUUUUGAGGUGGAGUUAGUGGCUUGCAAGCCACGGAAAGGCUCCAGCAUGAGUAGUGUUUCAGAGGAGAGGGCUAGGCUAGAGGAGCUGAAGAAGCAAAGGGAGCUUGCUGCUGCAACAAAAGAGGAAGAGAAGAAGAAGAGAGAAGAAGCCAAAGCUGCUGCAGCUGCCCGUAUGCAGGCCAAGCUAGAGUCAAAGAAAGGAAAGGGAAAGGGAAAAUCCAAAUAGAAUUAUUAUAUAUGGGUCAUUAUCUUUAUGAGAAUAUUAGAUUUGACAAGGGAGAAGGAUGCAUAAAACCCACAUGCUGUCAUGUAAAAGUAACAUGUAUUCUAUGGUGACUGCACCAUUUUUAAAUUGAGAGGGUAAAUAAAACCCUAAAAUCCCCAUGAUACAAUUAAUGUUUGAUUGCUCCCUAGUUGCUUGGGGCAUAUUGGGACUUA